ACUCCCACAUACCCUUUUCAGCUGAAACUCAAGGCACACUAAGUGAGCAAGACUGAGCUGAAAACCUUGGACACUGUCAUCUUAAAUUUAAGGCAUCCCUUUUGAAAAAGAAAGAGAUUAAAUUCACCUCAGAGUCCACUCCAAGUUACCCCUGCAGGUGUUGCCUUUAAGAAAGAGAAGGAGGGAAGGAGUGAGGAAGAGAGAGAGAAGGACGACAAGUGUAAAAGAGGGGACAGAGAAAGCGAGGAAGAGAAGCGCCUGCUGCCUUUCCCUGUGCGCCUCUGCAGAAUGCAAAGACGGCAGCAGGCUUGGGGUGGAAGGCGUAGGAGCUGCAAGUCUCUUGUGAGGGUUAAUACCGUUGCAUGCUUUUGGAAACCUUUGCUUUCUGUACAGGAAUCGCUACUUCCAGCUCCGCUGCAUCUCAGUAAGCUAAAGUACUGCUUGAGGUCUUGCUGUCGCAGGAACUGAAACGGUUUGCCGCUACCACCGUGUGUACAAAUGAUGAGUUCUGCAGCUUAACCGUCUGUUUUGCAACAAGGAUAGUACACCGAGGGCAGCCAGUAUAAGCCAGCACAUGUAAUUUCACGCUCUCUCUAGGAUAGCUUUUUAUUGGGGCUCCUAUUCUAAAUCCCCAUUUGUACGCUUGAAUACAAGACAAUAGUGAUACAAGAGGUUCACUGCGUUUUUAAAGAUGGACUGCGUAUUUCUGUUAAGUAUUUUAAUUAUUACUACACAUCCAUUAAAAACAGAGACCCGUAAAGUUGCCAAAGAUAUUUGCAAAAGUCGGUGUUUGUGCGAGGAGAAAGAAAAUAUGCUGAAUAUUAACUGUGAAAAUAAAGGGUUCACUAGUACCAACUUGCUUCAGCCGCCCCAGACUCGGAUCUAUCAACUCUUCCUGAACGGGAAUUUAUUUACAAACCUCUUCCAAAAUGAAUUUGUAAACUAUUCCAAUGCAGUCACACUACACCUGGGAAACAACGAACUGCAAGAUAUCAGAACAGGUGCCUUUAAUGGUCUAAAAAUCCUAAAACGGUUACAUCUGAAUAAUAACAAACUGGAAAUACUCCGGGAGGACACCUUCCUGGGUUUGGAGAACCUGGAGUACCUGCAAGCUGACUACAACUAUAUCAGCACAAUCGAAACUGGUGCUUUUAGUAAGUUGAAUAAACUGAAGGUGCUUAUUCUAAACGACAACUUGCUGCCAUCUCUUCCGACUAAUGUUUUCAGGUUUGUUCUUUUGACUCAUUUGGAUCUGAGAGGAAACAGACUCAAAAUGUUACCAUUUGCGGGAGUGUUGGAGCAUAUUGGCGGUAUAAUGGAAAUACAGCUGGAAGAAAAUCCUUGGAAUUGUACUUGUGAUUUACUGCCCCUGAAAGCUUGGCUGGACACUAUUUCUGUUUUUGUUGGAGAGAUUGUCUGUGAAACACCGUUUAGACUGCAUGGGAAAGACGUGACCCAAAUGACCAGACAGGAUCUUUGUCCACGUAAAAGUGGUAGUGAUUCGAAUCCUAGGGGAGGGCAGGCAUCAGGGUCCGACUCAUAUUUCCAAAAGUUGUCACCCACUAUCAAUUCAGUUGCCACUCCAACUCGAGCCCCCAAAGCGUCCCGUCCUCCUAAAACAAGAAAUCGUCCAACACCCCGUGUUUCAAUGCCAAAAGACAGACAGAUUUUUGGUCCAAUUAUGGUUUACCAGACAAAAUCUCCAGUACCCACUACCUGCCCAGUUGCCUGUGGUUGCACUAUCCAAAGCUCCGACAAUGGAUUCAAUGUAAACUGUCAAGAGAGGAAGUUAAACAAUAUAUCAGAAUUGCACCCUAAACCUAGCAGUCCAAAGAAGAUGUACCUUACUGGUAAUUAUCUACACACAGUGUACUCAGAGGACCUCAAGGAAUAUAAUUCUUUGGAUUUGUUGCACUUGGGGAACAACAGGAUAGCAUUAAUUCAAGACGGUGCCUUUUCGAAUCUCACACAUUUGCGCAGACUCUAUCUAAAUGGUAAUUACAUUGAAAGUCUGUAUCCUUCCAUGUUUGAUGGAUUGCAUAACUUGCAGUAUCUCUAUUUAGAGUAUAAUAUCAUUAAAGAUAUCCUACCACACACGUUUGACUCCCUGGGUAAUCUCCAGUUGUUGUUUCUCAACAAUAAUUUAUUGAAAUCUUUGCCUGACAACGUAUUCCGUGGCACAGCUCUUACUAAGUUAAAUCUGAGAAAUAACAAUUUUUCUUAUCUGCCUGUCAAAGGUAUCCUCGAUCAAUUUUCAUCUUCCAUUCAAAUAGACCUCCAAGAAAACCCGUGGGAUUGUACGUGUGAUCUAAUAGUUUUGAAGAACUGGAUAGAGCAAUCAGCUGCCACGGUAGUGGUCAACGAACUGACCUGUGAGUCCCCUUCCAAGCAUGCAGGCAAGCUGCUUCGCUCGCUUAGGAACGAGGCCAUUUGCCUGGAACACCCCACCGUGCUAAUCACAACAGCAUUUUCUGCAUCUAACCCCACACUUACCCCUGCCCCAAUGAGCGUAUCUCCAAUCUCAGUGCUAGAGGAACGUACUGAGGUACCGCUCUCAGUUCUCAUCCUUGGUUUGUUGGUUGUUUUUAUUUUAUCAGUCUGUUUUGGAGCUGGUCUGUUCGUUUUUGUGUUAAAGAGACGUAAAGGAGUGCAAAGUGUACCACACAGUGCAAAUAACUUAGAUCUCAGUUCAUUCCAGCUGCAGUAUGGAUCGUAUGGCAGCGAAACGCACGACAAAACAGAGGGUCACAUAUACAACUAUAUCCCACCUCCACCUGUUGGACAGAUGUGCCAAAAUCCUAUCUACAUGCAGAAGGAAUGUGACAAGGUGACAUACUAUAGAAAUUUACACGAGUUGAGCUACAGCAGUCUUGAAAAGAAAUCAGAACAAACCAGUCCAGCGUACACUAUAAGCACAGCCGAACUUCUUGAGAAGCAGCCCAGAAAGGAGUCAGAAUUAUACCAGAAUAUUGCAGAGAGGGUGAAAGAGCUCCCAUCUGGGAGUGUGGUGCACUACAGUUUUUGCACCUUACCUAAACGACAGUGUGCUCCUUCUUACGAGUCCAGAAGACAGAAACAGGACACACUCAACAGAACUUUUUUAUACGGGACUCCAACGAAAUAUUUCAUGGAACAGACAAAGCAGGAGAAUCCAUUAUUACAUGGAAAUCUACAACCAGAGCCAGACUAUCUUGAAGUUUUGGAGAAACAAACUGCAAUUAGUCAGCUUUGAAACUCUUUAACUGGUUACCUUAAGCAGCACUGUGUUGUUUUAAGGGGUUCAUUUGAACCUGAGUCUCGAAAAACUGGAAGUUUAUAAGGUUUUCAGGCCGAAACGUUUAGACUUGCCUUGGACACUGCAAACUUCUAAAAAAAAAACAGAGUUUAACUUAUUUCUAUAUUCUUUCAAUUUCCAAUAACUGUAUACAAAAGAAUGUUGCUAUAUUUUGCAUAAUAGAUUUUUUCUGCUUCUUGCUUCACGAUUUUUGAAAUGUAUUAUGUCGAAGAUCUCGAAAGAUCUUUUAUUGCAUUACACUAUUCAUAACUUUUUGUACAUUACAUUAAACUGGAAGACGUUACUGAGGACAAAUACAUGAUACAACCACUGGGUGUCACUUUUGAAGUGCCUUGCACUUAAGGUACUGUAUAUUACUUUAUUCUUGCAUUUAGUUUUUUUGAUUAAAUAAUAAAAAAUGCGGUUUUAUAUAUUUUCGAAAAUGGCAACUUAGAUGUUUGUUACUUUAAAUCAAUGUCACACCAGUGGAGGCAUUAUAACCUAAGUUUUAAUUGUUGAAACCCUACAUUAGAUAAACAGCCUGACUAAAUUAAUUUUCUUCCUGUGCCUUCUUUCAGUGCUUAUAAAUUAACAUGAAUCUACAGAAAGAACCAGUAGUUAAUCAAUAACUAUUAAAAUAAAUGGCAAGACUUUUAAAAAAGUGAAGUCAGUACGCUCCCUCCCCCCAAAUAAUAUUACCAGUGGCCAUGCUAAAUAUACCUGUUUUCAUUUGCCUAUAUUUUGCAGGUAUUAUUUAAUAAUUGCUUGAAAGAGCUGUGUGAGCAAUUGUGGGAUUCAAAAUACAAAGAUCAUCGGCACUUAAUUAGCAUUUGUAUAUACCUGUGACACAACCUUUGAGUCCCUACAUUGUUUGUACAACUGUGUCUUCCAUAUGUAAAGUUACUGGACUCCAGGUUAAUAAAGUUUACUUCUCUUCGUGUUUUAAAUACA